GGGUUUGUCAAAACAAAUACUAGUUAUGGCAAUGAGUUCUAAUUACUUAGACGCAGCUGGUUUGAAGGAAACAUUUAGGGGGAGCCAUUUCAAAUUCGCUAGCACAAAGGUUCCUGAAGAUGAAGCUCCAAAUGAUUGUCUCAAUAUCCAGACUCCAGUCACCGAAUCAGCCCUUUCCACAUCUCGGCUUCACGGGAAGAAUACAAAUGAAUACUAUGAGUUUAUACAACUAAGUCAAGGAAUACACCAAGGUCGUGUAGAAGCCUUCUUGAACCAGCGUCCGGACGCAGUAAACGAAUGGAUAAACUUUUACGAGACGCCUUUGUUGAAAGCUUGCGCCCGUGGGAAACCUGAGAUUGUUAAAGAGCUUCUCCGUCGUAUGACACCUGAACAAAUGCUUCCCAAGAUGAGCCAGAACACUUCUUACCACACGCCUCUUACCAUUGUUGCGGGUAAUGGAAACAUGGAGAUUGCUGAAGUCUUGAUCGCUAAGAACCCUAAGCUGCUGGAGAUUCCUGGAAGCAAUGGAAAGAUUCCUGUUGUGGUGGCUGUUAAGAACACGCAGAUGGAGAUGGUUAGGUAUCUUUACACUAGAACUCCUGUUCAAGUGUUGUUUGAUGAAGAUGGGUAUCAUGGUACUGUGCUUUUUGUCAACGCCAUCUUUUAUAAAAUGCUAGACAUUGCGUUGGAUCUGUUCAGCAUGUGCAGACGCUUAGCCGUUACAAGACACCCGCAUGUAGAGUCGAUUCCCAGCAUUGUCUUGGCUUGCAAGCCUGAUUUUUUUCCUAGUGGCUGUUAUCUCGGACCGUUUAAACGUUUCAUUUACUCUUGGUUAGAAGUAAAGCUGCCGACUCUUCGAAAGGAUUCACUUUCAAACAACGAUCAAGAUAAUACUCUAAUGGGGAAACUGAUCAUAUUAUUCACCAAAUGGACCGGAAUAGACAAAGUGUACCGAAUGAAGGUGAUGCAUCUACAAGCCAAGAAGCUUCUACUCGGAAUAUCAGAGGAAACACUAGCCAUGGGACUCGAGGAACGCUCUGAUACAGUGGAGGCUUUAUUCUUGGCAGCGAGAUUUGGGAAUGUUGAUUUCUUGGUAGAGAUGAUCAAGAACAACUCUGAGCUUCUAUGGUCGAGGAGAGAAAGGUCGAACAAGAGUCUGUUUCACGUGGCCGUCGAGUUCAAACAAGCGAAGGUGUUUAGUCUCAUCUACGGUCUAGACGGCAUGAAACACCUGUUGCUCGCUGACAAGGUCAAUUACGGCGAUGCUGUGCUUCAUUUCGCUGGCUAUCGUUCGCCUCUAUCUGACGUCGUUGGUUCAGUUUUACAGAUGCAACGCUCGUUACAAUGGUUCAAGGAGGUUGAGAGGAUCACACCGGAGGCAGAGAUGGAGAGAUUGAACGCGGUAAAGGAAACACCGAGCCAAACAUUCACAACUCAUCACGAAACAUUACGCCAAGAGGCAGAGAAAUGGAUGAAAGACACGGCCCAGUCGUGCAGCUUAGUCGCGGCUCUCAUCGUCACGGUAACUUUCGCGGCGGUCUUCACCGUUCCCGGAGGAACGGACGACGAGGCAAGAGGUAAACCCUUUCAUCUAAAAGACGCACAAUUCGUCACAUUCAUCGUCGCCGAUAUGAUCUCCUGCUUCGCCUCGUGCACCUCUGUUCUCAUAUUCCUCCGGAUUCUCACCUCGAGAUACUCCUUCGACGCCUUCUUGGUGUCUCUUCCCACGAAGAUGAUCGCCGGGCUCUCGAUACUGUUCGUCUCCAUCGCCGCGAUGCUUGUAGCCUUCUCUUCGGCUCUGUUUACGAUUUUUAAUAACUCGAAAUGGAUAAUUCCUCCGACGAUACUUUUGGCUUGUUUCCCGGCGUUGCUCUUUGUUCUGCUUCAGUAUCCUAUCCUCAAACAGAUGAUCAUUUCUACUCACGGCAAAGGAAUCUUCGACAGAAACAUGAAAGUUUUGUCCUAAUGUUAAUUUACGUUUGAACAUAAAUGUCCGAAAACUCGUUGUAAAAGCAUAUACUAAGCGGAGACACUGAUCUACUUUGAUAUUCUCAUGCACGUACAAAUGUUUUUUUUUUUU